AUGAAAACAUUUGCAAAUCUUCCAUAUGAGUGUAUUCUAGAGAUAUUUUUGCAUUUUGAAGAUAAUUACUCAACUCUUUACAAGUGUCUAGUCGUCUGUCAGUUGUGGUGCAAAUUAGUAGUUCCCAUAUUAUGGCGUAGACCAUUUCCGCGAUGGCGUAGCUCUUUUCAACGUGUCAAAAAUAAUUGGAACUCAUUGAACAGAACUUAUAUUGCGGCGCUAAAUGAAGAUGAAAAGGAAAUCUUACACCCGUUUGAUAAACGUUUUAAUUUUCCGCGACCAUUUUUUCAGUACACUUCAUAUUUAGAGAAAUUCUCAUUUACAAAUAUCGCAGAAAUAAUAAUGAACGGUUGGAAAAUGCGCAAUAAGCAAAUUGAUUUAUUUCAAAACAAGCACGUCAAAAGACUCAGAAGAAUCAUGACAGCUAUUCUUCAAUUGGUGUUAAGAACUAGUCGUUUAGUAGAGAUUGAAAUGUUUGAUUAUUAUUCUAUUUGGCAAGACAGACCAUUUUUCUGUGAUGUUUUGAACGUCAUUCCAUUUUUCUCCUAUCAACUCGGAUUAUCAAAAUUGCGCAAUUUGACAAUACAUUUUGAGUCAUCUACUUACUAUAAAGAGUUAUUAAGGAAUUUAUCAAAAUCGUGUAUUAAUCUUCAAAGGCUAGAGUAUAAGAUCAAACGAUAUACAGAUACUGAGAUCAUGGAUACAUUGGCCGACAUCAUAACAGCACAGUCUAAUCUAGAGGAGUUUUGGAUCGAUGUUCCUGAUAUCGUCGAUGAUACCGUCCAUGUCCAAGAAAGAUUUAUGAAUCGCCUAUAUUCUCAGAAGGAAUCUUUAACUUCACUUUCUUUACAUUAUAUCGAUUUCACAAGCAUUAAUCCGAAUAGAAUUGCAGAGUAUACGAAGUUAGAAACCAUGGAAAUAUGUAAUUGUUAUGGAGCUACGAAGGACAGCUAUCAAGUGUUUUUGCAAUCACCAGUUCAACUCAAGAGUUUAACUUUUGACACAAAUUACUUCGAAGAUACGUUUUUAGCUGGACUUAUUGAAAAAGCUGGCAAAAAUCUGAUGAAUUUGUACACUGAUGAGGUGUCUGAAAAAAUAAUAAUGUCCUUGUCUCAAUUCUGUCCAAACAUAUCCAAGUUUACGUUACUUUACAAGGGGAAAAACUGCAGCAUGGUUAUGAAUUAUUUGAAAGGGUCCAUGAUAAGCCAAUUAGCCAUUAAAUCUCGCUGUAAUUCAAACAAAUUAUUAAGUGUUUUGGGAAAAUAUGUUCCUUCUAGUUUAGAGAAAAUAUAUUUCUAUUGCGAUUUUGAAGCGGUAUAUCUCGGAAAAUUUUUAAAACACGUUAGUUAUUUGGAAUUUGAUUCAUUGAAAACUUUAUAUAUUGAGGACAUUAUGGGUCGUUCUUAUAAUUAUCUUAAUGUAAUUAAUGGUUGUACUACAUAUAGUUUCUUGAAAAUUGUGGUGAUAGCAUCUACGAUAGAUAUAGACGAGUCGUCGUACGUUGUUCAGGAUAUCAGAAAAAAAGGAAUCAAAUUAUUUUACAAGUAUCUUAGUUGA